UUUUAUGAUGACACAUAAUUUUAUGAUUUAUCCAUUGCAUAAUUUUCUGAUUUGGCAACAGCACCUGUUGUUUACGAAAACAAACUUAUCAUGUGCUGUUCUGAGCAGAAUGUGGGAUGCUUAUGUCAUCUUCAAAAAAUGUCAUUGGAAAGAAACUUCACUCAUUAAACAUAGAUGACGAUCAAAAUGGGUGAAUUUUUGUAUAGAGAAUUUUGUAAUCAUGUUUAUUUGGGACAGUGGGAAUUAGCAAGAGCUUUCGCUGUUUCAUUAAUAAAAUCUGAGAAUUACAAUACUAAGUCAAAUGCUAAAUUAAAACUUCUUACAACUCUUCAAACUAUCGCCAAGAAUCCUUAUUUAGUAAGAGAAUGCUGGACUACUACACCUUGUCCCAGUUACGUUUCCUUUUGGGCUUGCCAGUUACUUUUCGACUUAGGACAUUUGGAGGAGUCAUCGAAAUUUAAAGAUCAGGCAGAUUUUAACAUACUGUUAGAAACCUUAUUCAGGACCUCAAAGCAGGUUAUUAAAGAAUUGUCUUCCAUUCACAAUCAUCUGACAGAGCCUGAAAAUUUACACCAAUCUGCAACUCAUAUUUCUAAGAUAUCUGACAAGUGCCUUACAUCCAUAAAGAAUGCAUUUAAAGAAAAUCCUGCAGCAAUUUCUGUUUUGCUCAAUAUGCUCCAGACUAACAAAAAUGCUAACUGUGGUGCAAAUAUAAAUUACAGUGUAUGGGACAUAUAUUACCAGCAACUUUUGAAUAGUCUUAAGUCUCUGCAGUCAAUUAAGGACAGAUCUAACAAGGUGCAAAGCUUACAAGAAUUCGCAUCCAGAAUAUAUUUACUUCUAAGUAUUAUUCCAGAUGGUGAAUUAGAAGAAAAUAAUUUAAAAGAUAAUUUAUUAGAUAUCCAAGAGUUGUGCCAAUCAGACAUUUUAUCUUCUACCAAAGUGUAUCAAUCUCUUUUAAGCCGUCCUUCUCCUAAACUUGGCAAAUGUUUUUGUGAAUUAAAAAAAGUCGAGAAACAAAGUGCUUUGAAUAAAAACAUCCCAAUUUUUUAUUCAUCUGACUAUAACUUUAAUCAUCAAAUUGCUUUUUUGAACAGUAUUUCAUCCUCUAAACACUUUUUACAUAGCAUGAUAGAGUUUUGUAUAAACAAUAUUUUACAUGGUCACUGGAAUGACACAAAAAUAGUUUUAAAGGAUCCUCUGUUUUCAUGCUUAAAUCCACUGCCAUUGAUCUUAUCGUGGGGGAGCUGCCAUGAUGAUAUAUCAGCAAUUAAUCUUAUACAUGCUAUCAAAAUGUGGGAGGAGCCACCAUCAGAUGCUCUUUUAUCCCAAGUUUUCAAGCAGUUUAAGUCAAACAUUACUUUUACUGAAUUAUGCCAGAAUUUCUACCAAGAAAUAUACCCUAAUGCUUCCCCUUCUGAAAUGCAUAGCAAGACUAGAAAUAUAUUGUCUAAUUUGCAGAAUCAGUCUCCUUUGCGUGUGAUUCAUGUCACUUUUGGUUUGAAAAGCUUAUCAAAUGAAAAUGUUUUGAAACUUCUGGAUUUAAAUGAAGGGAAUGAUUCAGUAUCUAAAGGUUUCUCCAUUCUUACCGACAAAGCUAUUUAUUCUGGAUAUCAAGCUAUAAAUUAUGCUAUGGAGGCUAUACAUCUCAGUUGUGAAUAUAAAGAAUUGCUCUCUCGCAAGAAAAACACUUUUUCAGAAUUUUCUAAUGUCCAAGAAUGUAUCAAUUAUAAUAAACCAUGUGAUGAUCAAAUAUCUUUAGAAUCUCUUGAAGAAUAUCUCAAAAGCCACAACCCUGCCUGUGCAUAUGCUAAAUUUGUGACUACCAAACUUUCUUUCUUAAGGAGCGAAAUCAAGCAAAUAUUUCCAGUUGCUUUCCGUGUUGAAAUUUUGGAAGACAUUUUUUCUUUACUUUUUGUGAUGUCAGACAUUUUAAUAAAUCCCAUCGACCAUUGUUCCGAUUCAGAUCAAGGUCACGAGGGAGAUUAUUCUGUCCCCUUUUCUCAAAAUGAGCAUGUACCGUCAACACAAGAAACUAGUCAAUCUUCUGAAAGUGAGAAAAGGUUUUCUGGCAGAUUUGUUAUCAGUACUGUAAAACUGAAAGAUCCGAUAGACCUUAAAAAAGAUUUUUUGUCAGGACAUCAGAGCUCAAAGAGCACAGAAAGCAAUAGCUCUUGUAAUAUACAACCAUAUACCUUUCUAUGCAAUGAAUUAAUUACUAGGGAUUUAUUGUUUUUACUAAAAGAUUCUGUUCUUGAAGCCAAUGCUGAAGCUUAUAAAAUCAUUGGACAAACUGAUACAUCCUUACAGAAAAGUCCUUUAGUGUCUCCAACUUCCGAAAAUAUGCCUUCUCUCACCAAAACAAAUUCAUUUUUGUCUAUUUCCAAUUCCGAACUUCCAGAAAGAAUCUCAAAGCUUUUACAGUACAUAAACGAAGCAAUUUGGCGUUAUGAAGUUGUGAAAUCAGAAAUAUUUCGGGAACGCUAUGGGGUGUUCUCGCUGCUAAAGAAAAAGCAUCUCAUUAAUUCCACAAGUGCCUCUUCAUCAGAUGGGACUGAUAAGGAGACAAGGAAGCAUAAAAGGAAAAGAAAGCACAAAAGAAGCUUUUCAAAUCUCAAAAAAGAAUCAUUUGCAGAGUCUAGUAUUAUUCAAUGUAUGCUGUCAUCUCCUGAGGCUCUUUUACGUUAUUCUCUAUGGAGCAAAAAUUUGGGACAAGCUAGUCAAGUUAUCCAUUCAUUUCGUUUGGAGGAUUCAAAUGAAGCCAAGGAAGUUAUUCUAACUCAGGAAUUGAGAAGAAUAUCAAAAAAAUUAGCUGAAAAUGAGAAGAUUAAAAGAAAGCCUCCUUUUUAUAGAAGAAACUCAUCUGUACCUGAAGGUAAUUCACUUCUUUCCAAUCUUCAGGCAAUUGAAGAUGCUGCUGCAGCUGGGCUUCAAUCAUCUGAAAUAGGGUUGAUAAUUCAUCAUGAGCUGAGUACUCUGAGAAUUCCCGAAAUUGUAGACAUAACUGAUGGAAUAAGACAUCCAGAACUCAUGUUGGGAUCUGAAAAUAUUUACUCCAUAUUUCUGGCUGAUUUGGGAUACAUUUCCUCAUCCUCUCUCGAACUUACUUCCAUACUGUUUGAUAUGGCUUGUAGGAGCUGGACAAAUUCAGUUGACAGCAUCCAAGAUCUCGAUGCUAAAGUGUUAUCAAAAAAGAAAAUGCCUUUGAUUAGGGGAAACUUCAAAACUCUUGGUAUGAUGAAUGGAAUGCUUAAAGAAUUUUUACAUUUUCUCCAACAAGAAGAUGUGCAAGAAGAUCUGAAACAAGUAUUCUGGCCUUUGGGACGUAGCUCUGGUUCAUUUUCACAAAUUUUAUCAAAUUUCAUUGGCAAUUUUGAUUGUAAAGCCUUUAGAUCUCAAAUCAUAAAUUGGAAACAAGCAGCUUCUUUCCUUCACGAUUUUAUUGUUUUAAUGAAAGAUGAGGAAAUCAAAGAAAGAAGUGGUAUUUUUCAAAAAGACAUAAGUCAAGAAAACCGUCUACAUAUAACAUACAAAAAAUUAUCAAAGAUUCUUAGAGAAUUGAGGGAUUGGUCAUCAGAAACAAUUCGUCCUCAACCAACUAAGUAUGACAAUUAUCUUAGCAAGCUAUUAAUUCACUUACAUCAAGUCACAACAGCUGUUUUAGAUUGCAAGAAGCAAAGCAGCAAUAAUGAUUCAGUUAUUUAUACAUCUGAUUUCUCCAUUCUUAAAGAAAGCCCUGUUGAAUUGCUGAAAAAAAUAAUCCUGCAAAGUGGAGUAACUCCCGAGAAAAUUGAGAAAUUCGCUAUUAGAAUGAAAGUAGACCUUGUCCAUGUUCUUGCUCAAGCUUGUCUUCCCCAUGUACCUCUCUUAAACAAGAAUGCUUCAUCAGAUGUUUUGAUGUCACCUUCUUGUUAUGUUAAUCGUAAUGGUUAUCCUUUAUUAGUUUUAAAUAAGAAAAAAGAAGAGUGGCCUUCACCUCAGCAUCCAGAUUUAGUUGCCAGAAAAUUAUUAAAAGAUAUGAUAUCUAUGAUUCAAGAUACUGCUAUGGCGAAUGACUCUUGUGGUAUAUUCACACGAAAAGAAUUGGUUUCUUUAGUUGAGCAUUCAGAAAUGGUACACUGGAUGGAAGAUUGUUCUGAGCUAUGCUUUGUCGAUUUAACUUUAUUGAAAACUAGAGAAGAAAAGUUAGCUUUUUUUUCCAAUGUUACCAAUAUUGCUUGGAUUCAUGCUAUAUUAUUGGAAAUAAUGUCUUGGCAUAUUCAGGAAAAAGAAAAUGAUAAUUUAAUGGAUUAUUCAAGAUCAAAUUUUCAAAAUACUAUAAAAAACUCAUAUUUGCAGUUGCUCUCUCCAAAUUUAUUAGAACGUUUGACAACACAGAAAGUGUUGGGUUACUCUAUUGGGCAACUAGGACCAGUGAGCCUAUUUGAUAUGCGAUAUCAAUUACUUCAUGCUCAAUUGCCCAACCCAAAGCAUCUGGAAAAUCCACCAUUUUAUCAUUUAUUAGGUGACCCUAAGCCUGAGUGGGAGAAAUAUAUACCUCCUUUAGAAACAAGACUAAUCUUUGUUCUCAUAGAUGGCUUAAUGUAUUCUCCAAAAUUGAAAGCUCUUCAUAGUGAAAUAAUUGAUGAAGAACUGGAGGAAGCAAUGAAAGAUUACUUUGAUUACUCUAUAAAAGUUGAUUUGCAAAAAGAAAUUGUUUCACUACCUAAAUUAAUAGAAUGGUAUUCUUCCGACUUUUCUAAAGAUGAUGAGAAAGAUAUAGAAAAAGCACCUUAUGAAAGUCUUAUCAAAUUGAUUUCUAGUCAUUCUAGUCCACAACUUGCAGAUUCAUUUAAGACUUUAUUUUCUAAUGAAUCUAUUCACAACCACAGUGAAAAUGCUGAUGUCUCAGGAAGAAAACAACUACCAUUUUCUUUAAUAUUCAAAGAACCUCUCCUCUCUAUUGGUAUCAAGCUCCAAUAUUCCACUGACCACUUAUUUCCAUCUGCAGAAAUCACUCAAAAAGCUACUCUAAUUCAAGAAACCCAACCAUUUGUGCUAAACUAUUUAAAAGAAAAAUGUCCUCUCUUGAAUGAUUUAUAUGAAAUAUUCAGAGGAGAGUAUUCUCCUCAAAUAAAUUCCAAAGAAAAUUUCUGUCUUGAAUCAUGCGCUCAGAAUCUUUUUGUGUUUCAAGAAUCCUUCAUGAAAACACCCGUGACUUACCUACUGACAUUCUAUCUCAACAUGCUCAUGACUGGCAAGGAAAACCAGUCAUGGUUUUCAAAUGCUCUCAGCCCAGCUCCUGAUAGGGAAUAUUUCAGUCAACAAAUAAGAACUUGCUUUAACAAUGAUGAGUGGCAUAGAGCCUUGCUUUAUGUUGAUCUGUAUUUGGAACACUUUGACAAGGAUUGGAGUUAUAUGCUUUUGAGAAAGAUAAUUCUGGAACACAUUGCCUGUGAUGAUUUGUCUUAUGAUGUGACUGAUCCUUGCCAUUAUGCAUUGGCAAUUAAUGAUCCUGUUUAUAGAGCACUGACUGUGUUGCAAAAUGUUUAUAAGUGGUCUGAUAGCUGCACCAUUCAAGCAUUGAAAUAUUGUUUAUCUGACUCUGACAUUGUGCAUCAUUCAGAUAUACAAGGGUCCUUGAAAGUUAAGCUGAAAGAAGUACAGUUGUAUAAAAAAAUUUUUGAUGCAUCAGAAAUGUUUGGAGAUUCAGAAGUAAAGGAUUGUGUUUAUGUUUUUAAUAAUUGGCAAGAAGUGGCCGAUUGCUCCUUUUGGGAUCAAUCAAGAAUUUUAGAGUUUAUUAAAUCGUGUGGAAAAUAUGAACUCUCAGUGCAGUGGACAGAGUUACACGUCAUCAAUAAAGAACAAAAGCUGCUGGCUUUUUCUAUGAACAUAAUUUGGUUUUUAACUCAAACACCACCACAAAAGCAAGAAGCAUUUGAGAUAAUAAACUUGUUAGAAGAUGCACAUGAUUGUGUAGUUCUGUGUGAUAAAGUUUUAUCUGAACUUCCUACAAUUGAAGCUAAAUUGUGUAUCGUACAGUAUUUAGUGGAUAACAAUCUUGCCCCUGAAAAGAAGUACUACUAUUUUAAUUUGUACUUAGGCCUAAAAAUGCUAUCUGUUCUGAAAGGAUCUACUCAAGAAUUGUACAUAGAACUCAUCAGUCAUCCAUAUCUUCUUUUGGAGCAAAUGCUUAUGAAUGUUGAGCUGAGAGAUGCUGAAGAUGCCUUAAAUGCUAUCCGUGGAGAGUUAAAAAAUCCAAAUGAAGUUGUUCCUGUGAUGAGUUUAUCUUCUGUGAAUCAACUUGUUGAAGAUUACGCUUCUAAAGCCCUUGAAGUUCAUUUCUUAGAUGCAUUACUUGACAUCUCAUCAUCAAGUACUCUGGUCCUGAGUACUGAAGAUGCAUUGGUUACUGAUGAACCUUUUGUAAUGCCACUUCGAGUGCCAACGAAAGAGGAGUGGGUGCCUGAUGCCAAAAUUCUAAGAUGCCAAGUCUGUCGGGAGGAGCACUUUAAUAUGUUCUCUCGCCGUCAUCAUUGCCGCCGCUGUGGGCGUGUAGUGUGUGCCAAUUGUUCUCAGCAUGCAUUGAUUGUAGAAGGUUAUGGAAAUGUCAAAGUUCGAGUUUGUGAUGAUUGUUAUAACUUAAUGACUGGUAGCCUUUCAUUGACAACUGCCUCCUUUGAAAAACGUUAUCGAAAGUUAUCAACAAUGAUGUCUUCUAGUCCUCGAAGUUUUGAAAACCCAUCUGGUCCGAGAAGGCGUACAAGUAGUGUACACAGUCAGCAGAUGUUUAGAUGGGUUCUUUCUACUGAUAGUGAACAAAAUGCCUCUGUCAGGAAUGAGUUUUCUUAUGAACAAACACCAAGCAUUUCUCUAUGCUAUUCCAUUCUUAAGCUGCACACCGAUGAUAAGAAGUGUGCACAAUUUUUAAUGAAUUUAUGUGAUCGACUAUUGGGGAAAGUUAAAACUCGUCGAUCUGGAAAGCUGCCUCUAGAAGUCGAUUACAGUUUAAUUAUAAGUAUGAUGAAAUCUUUAUUGAUGAAUGCCAAAGUAAAAUGUCACCAAGUACAGGACAGUGACGGAGAAGCCUUAGCUGAACUAUAUUUCCAGCACUUGGACAUCAUUAAAUUGCUAGUUACUGCAAACUGCAGGCAUCUUAUUCCUAGGGAAGCACUUACUAAUGGUGAUACUGUUAGAAAACUUCGAGAUAAACUCUUAGAAGAAGAAAGAAUGAAUCUAGCUCUCGAAGUUUCAACGAAAUUCAAUUUGGAUAAGAAUGGUGUCUGGUCUUGUUGGGGUUUGUUUUGUUUAAAAGCUGGUGAUUGGUUGACUGCAAGAGCUAAAUUUCAACAAUGUUUAAAGAUUGUAAAAGAUAAAAAUGAUCAAACAAAAGAAAAUCCAAUUCUUAAUAAAAUUUUAAAAGUUUUGGAGGAGUCAAAAUAUCCUGGAACUGAGAAGGCUGCUGCUAUUUCUAGAUCAUUAGCUUCUUUAAGAAAUAUCAAAAAUGGUUUGACACAGUUUGAAACUAAACUUUAUACUCUGGAUGCGAUUGUGAAGCAAGAAUGCCUCCAUUAUCUCAAUAUGUAUGGCACACAUUUUGCCACCAUCGGAUUUUAUCGUAAACAUGGAUACAUCAGUGAAGCACUGGAAUAUAUUACUGAAAAGAAGUGUGAGCCAGAUGUCUUCAUUGAAGCUUUAUUUAUGCCAAUAUUGAAAAAUGUACAACUUUCUUCCUUAAAGCAACUAAUGUCAUCUGUUGAUCCAUUACUACACACAUGGUCUUCUUAUUUAUUCGCAACCUGUCGAUAUUUAGAAAAGCUAAAGUACCUCAAUGUUCUGUAUGAAAUUCAACUCUUCAUGGAGGACUAUGCACGAGCAGCUAAAAGUGCCAUUAAUUUUUAUCUCACACCUGCUCCUUCUUACAAAGUUCUUUUUGAUCGAAGUCGUUUUCUGCACAAUGCAAAGAAGCACUAUGAAAAGUAUCUGAAUAAUUUAAAACAAUCUGACCCUGUGAAUGAUAUUUGGAGAAAGAGGAAAAAUAUUAAAAUUCUUAACAUAAAAGAAGUUGAAAGUUACAUUCAGAUAAUCAGUCUUCAAGAAGAAGUUUCCAACUACUUUCAGUUAUGUGAAACUCAAGGUCAUGGUUAUCUGCAUGAGAUUGAUACUGCUGUCAAUAAAAUUGAGACACAUUGUCCACCUAACCUGUUUGGCAAUUCUCAAAUGAAAAGUGAAGUUGCAACUAUGAUACUCAUUAACGCUGUAAAUAUAGAUGAUGGGUUUGAAUUAGCUGCAAAAAUAAUUCAGAUAUUUAACUUGAAUGCAACUGCAAUUUUAUGUAAAGCUGGCCGAGAAAUAGUAAGGACGAAACAAAAACAACAAGUGCCUCAUUAUUUAGCUAGUGUAAAAUGCCUCUUUUCAAAACUUACAAAGGUGGAUGAUAUUAUUUUAGAGUGUGUGUCAACAGUUCACAAACAGGGAGGUGAUGUUGAAGACAUUAUUAAAAUGCUAAUGUCAGACUCCAACAAGAUAAAUGCAUACUUGAUGUGUGGAAAAUUGAAGUCUGCUUAUCUUCUUGCUUUAAAAUUGAACUCAGCAUUGGACAUAAGACGUAUAAUGGUUGCAGCUGAGCAAUGUGGACAAGAUUCAAUUCAACGUAUUUGCAGAAAAUGGUUGGAUACAAAUUCACUGAAAUUAAAACCCAAAGAAACUGUACCUUAUAAAUAAUACUAAUAAGUAUUAGAAGAACGAAAAUUGUUAAGGUGCCAAGUAAAAUUCCUAUUGACAACAUAUCUCUUUAAUGUGAUAUUAAUUUUUAAUUAUGUUGUGAAUUUUUAUUAUUAUAAAUGGAUAGUUUUUAACUUAUUAUGAAUAUUGUGAGGCAAGAAUAUUGUUGGUGUAUAUAUUAAAUGCUCAGUAUUUUAGCUUGUUCUAGGAAUAAAUUAUAAGUCUUUAUAUGUAUGUAUAUUUCAAAAAUAUUUUCUUAUCUAUUGCAUACAUUAAGUACAAUAGAUAACAAUUGGAAAUUUUUCAUGAUUGUGAUUUAAUGAAUUGUUAAUUUGUUUUAAUGUUGAUAAAUUUGUUUUUCUUUCUAUUGUUGUUUAUUUAUAUUAUUUUAAAAUAAAAAUAUUUUUGAGAUGUAUGAUUCUUAAAAAAAAUGUUAUAAAAAUGUUUUUAAAAAAUGUUAUAAUGAUAUGUUUCCCUUUUAUUAUACAUAUAGUUAUUAAAAUUGUAAUAUAAUUAAAUAUUACUUGUCUUUGGAAUUAUUUGUUAACAUAAGUAUUCAUAUCCUUCAAAAAACUAAUAAAAUAAAAUUGCAUA